AGUGAUAAAAAGGCAAACAAUUCAAAUAUGUAGAGAAGAAAGAGAAGAAGAAAUUUGAAAGAACUCACAAAAUUUGCACACCUAAAAUACCCAGGCCGGACAGUCCAAUGUGUCUCGCUGACGUUGAGCAGCAGGUCCUAAGGUCCCGUACAUUUUUUACUACACAUAGCUUGGGUUUGUUUGAUUAUUUCUUGGUUGUAACAAUGCUUCUUUGCAAUAAAUCUUGUUGCCUUGCAAGUAGUUUGUUGGUGCAGCAGCAUAUUAAAUGGGAUUUUAGUCAUCUGGGACAGGCUCCAGCCUCCCCCGGCUACCCUGAAUUAGUCACAAAGAAGAGAAUGGAUAAAUGGAUGGAUUUUAGUCAGUUUGUGAGGAUGUGUGUUUAACAGACUUCUCUCUUUUGUUCCCGUUUUGUAGACAUCAUAGCUGACUUUGUUACUGUUUAAGCAAAAGGAUAUAGAGGCUUCAGUUAAGAGACCACAAGAGUCAGUGUAGGUCAGGCUCCACAACUUGAUUAAGAUUUACUGAAACUAUGAAAAAAAGGAAGAAGUCAUAACUUCAGCUGCUGGCAGCAAACCAACCUCUCCUGGGACACUAGGAGUAUUCUGUUAGCAAACAAACUAUGAAAGCUACCACAAAUACCGCACUAAAUGAACAUACUAACAAAUUAUGUUAAUGCAAAUAUUGAGAGAACUCCCAGUAUAUCCACCAAACCUGUGGCCAGAGGCCAGCCAUGCACUCGCUGCAGGACUAGAAACAAAAAGGACAGAAUGACAGUUAUGCAAAAUUCACCUAACAAACAGAUAAACAAAUGAUACUGCAAAUGAAAGCGAAAACAUCCUAGAAUCAGCAACAGUCAGUGCUCCACUAGGCAAAAGUGUAAAUUAGGCCAAACCACAAGAUAAAUGAAACAGUCCAGGACAGUGGAGGGAAAAUAAUGAUUAUUGUUAUUAUUAUUUACUUAUUUGAGAUCGUCACAAAAACUAAAAAUGAUUCAAUGUGACUGUGUCAUCAAAUAAAAAUGUCUUGAGCUUAAGACAACUAAGACUACAACUCCCAGACUACAAGGCGGCUGUGUUUGGUGCUACCAUCAAAUAGGUAUUUCCUGUUCCUGCCAAUGUUAUCUCGUAAGUGAUUUGCUGUGUUAUUCAACAACUCGUUUUAGCUGCUGUCACUUUCUGCUGCUGCUGACUUCACUGACUGUAACUACCGCUGUAAGUCCCUAAUAAGAUGAUGAGGCUGCCAUGGCGGGUCCUGGCUCCACACACAGCACCUGUAAGGAGAGCCUCCUCAGUCCCUGCAGGGCUGAUGAACUUUGUCCCCGCCUGCAGCACCACCGACGCCCACUCACUGGAGCUGCUGCAGGACUUUGUGACCCGAGCCAGACGCCUGUUUGUCAUCACCGGAGCGGGUCUGUCCACGGAGUCGGGCAUCCCCGAUUACCGAUCGGAGGGCGUCGGGCUGUACGCCCGCACUGACAGACGACCCAUGCAGUACGCAGAGUUUGUCCGCAGCGCAAAGUCCCGUCAGCGCUACUGGGCCAGAAACUUCGUCGGAUGGCCGCAGUUUUCCUCCCACUGGCCGAACUCUGCACACAAGGCCCUGCAGCGGUGGGAGGAGAGAGGCAAGCUGCACUGGCUGGUUACGCAGAAUGUGGAUGCUCUUCACUCAAAGGCAGGUCAGAAGAGACUCACAGAGCUCCACGGCUGUGCCCACAGGGUCACGUGCCUUGGCUGUGGUGCCAUCUCAGCACGGGAGGAGCUCCAGAGGCAAUUUAUAUCUUUAAACCCAGAGUGGCAAGCUCAGGCAGGCACUGUGGCCCCAGACGGAGACGUCUUCUUGGAGGAUGAGCAGGUCCUCCAUUUCAGAGUUCCCUCCUGUGAUGACUGUGGUGGGAUACUGAAGCCUGAGGUCACGUUUUUUGGAGACUCCGUGAACAAAGCAACUGUGCAGUUUGUGCACGAAAGGCUGGCAGAGUCGGACGCGGUGCUCGUCAUGGGGUCAUCUUUACAGGUGUACUCAGGAUACAGGUUUUUACUGGCAGCGAGGGACAGGGAGAUGCCGGUCGCCAUCCUGAACAUAGGGCCCACCCGAGCAGACCACCUGGCAGAGCUGAAAGUCAGCGGCCGCUGCGGGGAAGUGCUGUCAGUCAUUCAGCCGCUCUGACUGACCGCAGCCUAAAUAGCUUGAAGUGCUCUGCUGGUUAGGUUAAAACUACCUCAGAUUUAUGGAAACAGUUGCUCUUUGUUGUUACACGCUGUAUGCAGGUGAAUGAAUGUUAAUAAUUGUGAGAUAUAAAUGUGUAAGACUUGAAUCCAGCUGAUCUUCAUACAGCAGGUUGGUGUCAGGGAGCUGAAAUCCUGUCUCUGCAAUCAAAUGUCAACCUACCAGGAAAACAGAAAGGCUGUGCUUUGUUGUGUGAUUGCUGGUUUUAGGUUGGCACAAUAAUGGCAUGCAGGUCAAAUGGGUGAAGUGAAAUAAUAAUGUGCAGGCUUGAAGGAAAACAGAGGUACCCCAUUUCCUUCCUCAAGCUCUUUUCACUUUAUAGAUGGACUGCAUUCAUGUACAAUGUCUUUUCAAGUCUUAUCAAACACACAAAGCACCAUCACUAUAUACUGACGACACCUUUGGAUUCAAACGCUCUUAUUCUGAUAAGACAAAAAGACACAGGGUGGCUGCUCUGAUGUAGAUGGGAAGAUGCAAUAUAAAUGUUUAUUUUCAUGUUCUGCCACCAGAUCUGUUUUAAAAGGUGCAAUUUGUUCUUCUUCCUUUUUUUUUAUUACGCAAUACUCAGAUGGUUAGUAUUUUGAUUGAUUUUAAAUGCUGCCGUAUUCAAUUUGGCAGCAUUUCCAUUUUUUGUGAAUUAAACCGCUUAAAGUAGGUUGAAUUAAACUUUUUCAGGCUGGAUUUUAAAGUGGCAUUAUGCUGUCGUUUUAAAGUUAUGCAGUGGAAACUUUCUGUAAUAAAAUAUUCAGAAAAUAAGAGAUUUUGGAAUUUAUUAUCACACUUGCAAGCCGGAAAUAUUCAUCAUUAAAGAAGUUUCGAACCUUGGUGUAUCAA